AUGGUUCGCGGGCUGUUCCUUGGGCUCGCCGCCCUGAUCUCCCCCGCGAUCGCCUUGAGGGGUCUCCCCAUCCCCAUCAGUGAACUUGCAAAACAGAUUAGAGUUCCUGGUGGUAGUCAGAUCCGAGAGGCGACGUACCAAGAGUACAACCUUUCGGUGCCCAUUGAUCACUUCCACAAUGACACCAAGUAUGCUCCUCACUCAAACGGAACUUUCAACCUGAGAUAUUGGUUCGACCCCCAGUUCUAUAAGCCUGGUGGCCCAGUCUUUGUUCUGAGUGGCGGUGAGACGGACGGAGCAGACCGUCUGCCCUUCCUAGAGAAGGGAAUUGUCAAUGAGGUGGCGAAAGCCACCAAUGGGUUGGGAGUUAUCCUCGAACACCGAUACUACGGAAGCAGUGUCCCAGUCCCAGACUUCAGCACCGAGAAUCUCCGAUUCUUGACGACUGAGCAGGCAUUGGCUGACACGGCCUACUUCGCCAAGAACGUUGUCUUCGAGGGUCUGGAGGAUGUCAGCUUCAGUCCUGAGAAGGUUCCCUGGAUCGCCUAUGGGGGCUCCUACGCAGGCGGCUUUGUCGCAUUCCUCCGCGUCCUGUACCCGGAUGUCUUCUUUGGUGCUAUCUCGUCUUCUGGCGUCGUCGAGGCCAUCUGGGACUACUGGGAGUACUUUGAGGGCGCUCGCCUCUACGCGCCCGAGGGAUGCUCCGACACGACCGGCAAGUUUGUCAACAUUGUGGACAACAUCCUCACCAAGGAGGAGAACUCCAAAUACAUUAGCUCGUUGAAGAAGGUCUUUGGAUACACGGAUGCCACCUCUAACGUGGACUUCGCCUCCAACAUUGCCACCGGAAUCUACAGCCUGCAGAGCGUGAACUGGGAUCCUGCUAUUAGUGACGACUUUUUCUUCACAUACUGCAAGGCUGUGGUUACCGACAAGAACAACUACACUAAUCUGGAACCUAUCCGCGACCAAGUCAAGGAGUUUGUCAUUGCUGGUGGCUGGGAGUCUGAGGUAGACCCGUUGACUGAUCGUUUCCUCAACUGGAUCGGAGUUCUCGGAAACACGAACGCCCAGGUUGAUGAAGUCGGCUUUUACGAGCAAGACGACCUUUCACAAACCUGGAGACUUUGGCCGUACCAGGUCUGCACAGAGUGGGGCUACCUCCAGACUGGAUCUGGCGCACCGGCCGACAUCUUGCCCAUGAUUUCUCGCCUCGUGGAUCUGGAGUACUCUUCGCAGAUCUGCAAAGACGCCUUCAACAUCACGGGGGUCGCCAACCUCGAGGCCAUCAACCAGUGGGGUGGAUUCGGUAUUUCCUACCACCGCCUCGCUUUCCUCGACGGCGAGUGGGAUCCCUGGAGGGCAGCAGGUGUCAACGCGUUGACCCAGCCCAAGCGUAACUCAACCACAGCCCAGCCGGUGAUUCUCAUUGAUGAUGCUGUGCACCAUUGGGACGAAAACGGGGUGUUCCCUGAGGAGGUUACUCCCGACUUCCCUCCCAAGGCCGUCCAGUCUGCCAAGCAGGAGAUCAGGGAGUUUGUUGCUGAAUGGCUCAAAGAGUUUAAGCCCUAG